UUGACAGACACUUGGAGCGCCUGCCUUGUCGGUCCGGAUCUGGGAACCUAGAGUUCGGUGUCCCAGAGCCGCCCGCCAAGGGGUCACGCGGCCUCUGCUUCGGUGCCCCAGGGGACGGGACACUACCUGCGACCAGGUGCCGAAGCCCACGGGAGGUGCUCCUUCACGGGUGUCUCCAGGCAGCCCGUGCCGCAGUGGUUAUCUGUCUCUGCUCGCUCACCUCCGGUGACAGCGUGCUCGACACCCUGGCUCUGGCAGCAAAAGCCCCAGCUGGACAGCUCCAACGCCCAGGAAGUCCUCUCUUGGUUUUAAACCAAAAUCUGUUUCUGUAUCGUGUCCACGCACGGGCUUUAGGAUCCGGCUCCAACAGAGGAAGCUCCCUUGGGCUGAGUUCAGGGAGGGUUUCUUUGGUGGCCGCAGAGUUGAGAUGGACUUGAGGAGUGAGCAGACUAGAAAAGGCCUUCCAGGGAGGGACACUGGGGACAGAGGUCGAGUUGUCAGGUUGGGCCUGGGUUCUCAGCAUUGCUUUGCUGUGUGUCCUAGAGCACGUCACCUCCCCUCUCUGGACUCCGGGAUCUCAUUGGUCCAACAGAGGGGCCAAUGACCCGUGUGACUGGGCUCUUCUGCUCAGACACCCUGGCAUUCGGCGCCUUGCUUGGGGGUGGAGGGAGCCCUCCUUCCGCCCAGCCAUUGCUUGUUACCUACUGUGUGCAGCUCGCGCCCCAGAGUACAGAUCGCUGUGCGUAACGACAGCUAAUACUUCCACAGCUCCCGUCCCAGGCACGUGACAUGGUUCACUCAGGUACCCUCACGGCAGCCAGUGGGAGGGGGCAGCUGUUCCACUUUACAGAUCCGGGGAUGCAGGCACUUGCCAGGUGUCACUCAACGUUAGUAAGCGAAGGAUAAGGGGGGUGGGGGCCAGCACCGAGCCCUCUGGCUGAGCACGGGUCGGAGUUCCUCGGGGCAGCGCCAGCCUGGUUAACGAGGGGCUGGGCUCCCGCGCCUGUAAGUUGUCGGCAUUGUCAAGGGAUGCCCAGCCCGGCUGAGACCUUUCAAGUGGGUGUGAGCUCUCUGGGCUGCGAGUCUCCGGCUGUUGGGACAUUUUUAUGUGGCCUCUCUGGUGGGUUGACCCCCAGCCCCGUGCUCGCCCGCUGUGCUGCCCUGCCUGCCACGUAACUAGCGCCGAGAGCCAACUCCCAGGGCAGACAGCUCAGGCCGGGAGGCCCAGGGUGUGGAAGAGGCGUCUUUUCAAAGGUGACUGCAGGGGCCUCAGCCGUGUGGGCAGCAGAUCACAGAAACUCCGGGCUCUCCACCCAGCCCUCUGCCGUGCUCAGGAAGAGGCUGACGGGCCCACUCCCCCUGAGCCCCUGCCCCAUGCCCGGUGGGGACCCUGCACACCUCGCGUCCCCUGCCCGCAGGCACCCCCCGCACGCGGACGAAGAGGCAGGGAGGGGGCUUGUCUGUGCGGAGCAGGGAUCCAAACCCUGCGUGGCCGCUCCAGAGGCCUCUUCUCAGUGGGGAAACCCCAGAUGCCAGGCUCCUGGGAGGGUCUGGAGCUCCCGGGAAGGGGGGCAGGUGGGGCAGGCCAUCCAGACCAGGUUUCCACAGGAUACCCAGGAAAACCGAGGCCUGAGGGAGCCUGUGCCUUGCCCAGAGGCAUUCCACCAAGUCGGGGCUGAACCUAAAAGCCAGUGAUGGGAAGCUGGCACAGACGGGGCCACACACCCUUGGUGCCCAGUGCCCUUGGCUGAGGCCGCAUCUAACAGCAGGGCCGCCCUGGUGCUGCCCGCACAGGCUUCCUGGAUGCCAACCCCCUGACGCCGGGCCUACCUGUCUGAGCCUCCAGGCCUUUGUGACCAUAAGGACGCCUCACCAGGUUGUUUGAGGAUGAAAGCAGAGGAGACAGUGGCUGUAAAAGUGCUCUGAGCUAAGGAGAGGCACACAGUUGCGGCAAUAACAAGAGUUAUAAACCCCGCGCCCUGGGCGGAGGGCGGAGGGCUUGAAAUGAGGCUACAGCUCGGGGCAUGGAGGGGGUUUCUGGCCCAGCCUGCCCUUCUCACCACCUCCCUGCUCUGGGGAAGGUGGCAGGUCCGCAGGGUGACGUGCCCAGGAGCCGGACGCUGUGGGACGGCCAGGCGUCUUCAGGGGAAGGCGCGUGUGACCCUGGCCACCUCAUUCUCGCCUCCGAGCCCGCCCACUCCCAGCCUGGGCAGGUGGCCAGAGGCUCCUGUGGGCCCAGUCCUGGCCAAGUGUCACCUUGUCUAGAGCCUGCCUCCCUGCCUGCAGGCAGGCUGGGCCCAGACCUGUCUCGGGAGCACUUCCUUUGCUGGUAAUCCUUGGGCCUGCCCUCGGCGUCCACUGCCCCUGCCCGGCUCUGCAGUGACCUGCCCUCGGGUCGUGUGGGCCCAGGGUGUACGUUGUGCCCGGUGGGGUCGUACUUGGGACCGAGGGGGUGCCGGGCACCAGGAGCCAGGCCUCCGCCCCAGCUCUGCCCCUGCACUGUAACCUUAGGCAGAGACACUGAGGUUUCUGGGCCUCAGCCUUCUCGUCUGAAAAAUGGGAAUAGCGUCGUUUAUCUGGCGGGGCUGCCGUGAAGAGUGAAGGCGGCCGCAUUGGGGCAGGGCACUCGGCCACGAACUCCCUUCCUAUCUGCAGCUGGGGCAGCUGUGGCCCCUCCCGUGAACCCCCAGCUCUGGUCUGAGUGCCAGGGGCCUUCCCUUCCCUCUCUGAGCAGUGGUCUGGCUGGGGAGCCCCCCCAGUCUCCCCCUCCGGGCAGCCCCCCAGCCUGAACCCCUGAGCUCACACAACACGUUCUGGAAACAGCUGCAGUAUUGCUUAGGUCCCUUCCCAGUUUCCAGGUGAGGCGGCAGGACAGGCACCAGCACCUCCCUGGCGCGCGGUUCCCAGCCGUCCCGAGGGUCCCGACUCCCCCAGGCAGGGAACGUGGGAACGAGUGCCCGUACUACACACGGGAACGGGCCUUGAGAAGACGACCCCGCCCUCUCAUCCCAGGGCCCAGGGCAAGCCACACGUGGGGGUGACACUGGGUGCUGAGGGAGGCCCAGGGCCUGUGGGAGCCAGGCCUCGAGGCUCACGGCUUAGCACGGGACCGGAGCUGUGAGGCGCCUGGCUGAUCGGAAAAGCUAGUCUGCUUUGUGCAGCUGAACUGGAAAAACCAGCAGCCACUUGGGCGAAGGCUGGACCCAUUUCUGAUGAAGAAAGAACCCCCCAGGCCGUGUGGCCACGGGAAGGCGCCGGGGGAGGAUUCCGGCUCAUGCUGGCCAGGCCAGCACGGGCUCCGCUCUGGUGCCAGGGCCGCCUCCUCUCCCGACCUGCCUUCUCUGAGCCUGGCCUGGCUCUGUAAUGGACUCAGGGCACUGCUUCUCAACGUCUGGCAACGUCCAGAGAUGCCUUUAAUGGCCGUGACUACGAAGGUACUGCUGGCAUCUGGUGGGUGCCUACAGCCAGGCCAGGGAUGCUGUUCAACAGCCUACAAUGCACAGGACAGCUGCUAACAGAGAACCACCUGGCCCAGAACGUCACAGAGCCAAGCGGCCUGGCCCAGGGGGCGAGCAAGGAGCCCCCCAGCCCUGCCCUGUCCCCAGGGGUGCUUCCCAUCUCAGCUUCACAACAGCCCGGGGGAGGCCAGGCAGCCCUGAAGCGGGGGUGGGGAGGCCCAUUUCACAGACGAGAACCCCGAGGCGUGGGGAGGCCAGGUUGCAUCCAUUUGUGCCAGGACUGGAGCCGUGUUUGACCAGAGCUCGAGAGCGGCCCACCUGCUCCAGUGGGGGCCUGGGCUUGUCCCCCCGGCUCCCACCAGCCCGGCGUGAGCACAGGAGGCCCCGUGGAGGCGCGGGGUGUGGUGCUGAGGCUAAGCCAGCCCUGGUGCCCACCACGGCCUGCCCUGUACACGCUUGGGGCAGAAGCACCCUCGCGGCAGAUGAAGCUCUGCCAUCCUCCCCGGACGUGGGGCGAUCACCGCGCCCCUCACAUAACCUCAGGGUGCGGAGCGGCGGAGGGACCGAAUUCUUCACGCGGUCGGCCACCAAGUUCAAGGGUGCCCUGGCCCAGAAGUUCAUGUUCGUGGAUGGGGACCGGGCCAUCUGCGGCUCCUACAGCUUCACGUGGUCGGCUGCAAGGACGGACAGGAACGUGAUCUCCGUGCUGUCGGGCCAGGUGGUGGAGAUGUUCGACCGGCAGUUCCAGGAGCUGUACCUCACGUCACGCGGCGUCAGCCUCAAGGGCAUCCCCAUGGAGAAGGAGCCCGAGCCCGAGCCCGUCGUGCUGCACUCUGUGGUCCCGCAGGCGCCCUCGGGCGCCACGGCCAAGAAGCUCGUCAACCCCAAGUACGCGCUGGUCAAGGCCAAGAGCGCUGACGAGAUCGCCAAGUUGUCCUCCGAGAAGCAGGAGGCCUCCAGGGCCCUGGGGGUGCGGGACGUGGCCCUAGCCAAGCUGCCGGGAGACCCCCCCGAGCCGCACCUGCCUAUCCACCCGGGGCUGCUCAACCUGGAACGGGCCAACAUGUUUGCGUACCUGCCCACGUGGGUGGAGCCGGACCCGGAGCCCGGCAGCGACAUCCUAGGCUACAUCAACAUCAUCGACCCCAACAUCUGGAACCCCCAGCCCAGCCAGAUGAACCGUAUCAAGAUCCGGGACGCGUCCCGGGCCGGGACCCAGCUGUGGAGGCAGAGCCAGGACUCCAGCCCCGCCCCCCAGCCCGGACCCCCCCAGGAUGGGGUCCCAGCCGAGAACAGCCUCCCCCCGGGGGACGCCGAGCCGCGGCCCCCUGUGCCCAAGCCCCGGACAGUCCCGGUGGCAGACCCGCUUGCCCAGGGGGGCGGCGGUGUGGGCUGGGCCCUGGCAACCCCAGAGGGGCAGGCACCCCGUAACCGGACGGACGACGGGCUCCCCAGGACGGCAGGCCCAGGCCAUGCCCCGCUUCAGUGCCGGCUGUCUGUGACCCAGGAUGACCCCGACGGCGGGGGGCCGGCGGUCCCCAACGGGCUAGAGGGGGAGGAGGAGGAAGACGACGAUGACUACGUGACCCUCAGUGAGCAGGACAGCCUCUCGGGCAGCUCCGGCCGUGGCCCCGGCCCCCAGCGGCCCUUGGUGGCCUCCUCGUCCGUGUCAGAUGAGUGUUUUGAGGUGACGGAGCGCUCGGCCACCCUGCAGAGGUGCCACUCAGAGCAGGUGGCCAACGGGCCAGCCCAGCCCCCCUGCCGACAGCUGGGUGCUCCCCACAUGACCCGUGGGACCUUUGGUGGACCCCUGGGUGGCUCCUCGUGGGCCCAGGGUCAGGAGAGAGAAGAGGCAGGCGCUCUGAGGAUGCAGGCCCCACACCCGGCAGACAAGGAGGCACAGGGCCGGCGGUCCCACAACUACCGAGUCCCUAGGGAUAAAGAUGCCUUCCCGCAGCCGUCAAGGACCCCGGGACCCCCGCAGGACCGCCCCGCCGCCGACGGCGCCCAGAGCUCCGGCGGGAAGGUGGGCCCGGCCGCGGCAGGUCCCCAGCACUGGCAGGCCAAGUGGGGCCCGGGGCCCUGGGAGCUGCCGGGCCCCGGGACCCCAAGACCGGCCCGAAACGCCAGCCCCCGGGCCGACGCCAGGGCCACCAAGGAGCAUCCCAGCCCCCUCGGGAUCCCGUACUCCAGACUGUCCCAGUCGAAGCACCUGAAGGCCAGGAUGGGCGGAGGCCAGUGGGCUUCAUCCGAAACUAAACGGCAGGCCCAGGGCCCCCGGGACUGCAAGGACCCCUAACACCUUGUGCCCGGGCCCGAAGCCACGCCAUCCAUGGCUCCCACCCCGGCCCGGGCUCACCGGGCAGGGGUUCCCUGGACGCCCUGACCUCCAGAGCCCCCCUGGAAGGCCGGAAGGCAGGGAGGGCGGCGACCUCACCUGGUCG